CCCCACGCAAAACAUCUGAAGAUGAACAUAGGUUUCGAUAUCUAGAUCCUUUUCUUAAAAUAUUUGGCGGACCUUAUAAAAAUUAUAAAUUGAGAUUGAAUCGUACUGUCAAUGGGAGCCAAAAGAGGCCGGAUUUUUCAUGCGUUGUGGAUGAAGUGCCAAUCCUUAAUUCUGAAGUAAAGCCCAUUGGUUAUACGGAACUACAAAGAGAUAAAGAUUAUGUUAAAGUCCAUUUUAGAGCAAAGAAAACUAUAAAUACUUUGAUUAAGAAUGGAGGUGUUCCUGAUCAAACAAUAUUUUUUAUCAACAUGGGCAAUACUGUCGAGUCAUUCAUCAUGGAUCUUGAAUUCGAAGGAAUAUAUCGAUCCUGGCCUUUUCUGAAAACCAAACUCGUAACUGAUAGACAGACACUUCCACUUCUUGCUCAAACAUUGUCUCAUUUUAUCGCAUUAGAGGAACGUGUCAAUAAUUUAGCAGGAGAUUAUAAGUGUCGACCAAGAUCCUCCAAACAAGCUAGAAAAGAUAAAUUUAUUAGAGACCUACCUGAUUCUCCUCAACUGAAAAAGCUAUUGAAAUGA